AUGUAUCGUUUCAUGGACAAUCCCAAGGUGUCAGAAAGCCAGGUCGCUGGAAUGCGGACUUUUGCAUCGCUUAUUAUUGCACCCUUUAGCUCAGGUCAACUGUUAACCAUCCUGGGCAAUGCGCUUAUCAUCUCCGACAAUGAAGCUUCUCCAACUACCGUUAGCAGCAGCGUAUAA